AUUGCACAACGAUUGUCAUGGAAUUAGAAGCACCAGUUAGCAUGAAGCAUUAACGUUACAGAUCAUAUUAGAUAAACGUUACAGAUCAUAUUAGAUAAACAACUGAAAGUCCAAGAAGACGGCCCUGUUGAACUGAUCUCUGCAGGACGUUCGUGUUUGUUUACGUGUUACCUGUCCGGUUUGUGACUAUGGUUAACAUCAGAGUGUUGUGGCGAGAGUUUCCGGUAAAACAGGUUACAGUUUUGGCGGUGCUCCUGUCUUCCGGGUCCAUCGCUGGCAGCACCAGAAAACCGUUUCUGCCGUUCCUCACACACGACUUCUUUCCUUACCUGAAGAGUAAUCAGAUAGGGUAUUAUGCCGGAUUUCUGUCGAGUGCGACCUGGGCUGGCCAGUUUUUCGGAUGUUUUAUGUGGGGGAAACUGUCGGACAUUGUGGGCAGAAGACCCAUACUGCUGAGUAGUGCCACGGUGCUGAUGCUGGGCACUCUGCUAGUGGGCUUCAGCUUCUCCUUCUUAUGGCCCGUCGGUGUACAGUUCUUCGAGGGGCUCCUAAACGGCACCUUGGGCGUGGCAAAGACGUACCUGUACGAGAUUUGUCCUCCCAAGUUCCAUUCAUUUGCCUUUUCUGUCUUGUGGAUUCCCGGCUCUGUGGCACACUUCGUGGGUCCGGUACUGGGUGGAUUUUUGGCCUGCCCAGCUACAAGAUUCCCGAUGUUUGACAAACCGCUCUUCAAGCAGUUCCCGUACAUGCUGCCCUGCGUCGUAGUGGCCUGCCUGCAGUUGUUCCUUCUUAUAGGUGGCUGCAUUUUCCUGGGAGAAUCUCUGGACAAGAAGCCGAAAUAUGAGUAUAUCAGUCUAGCUAAAAUAUCCACCCCUGAUGUUGCAGAAGACGACGAGGAAAACCCAGAAGGACAACCGGAGUCCACCUGCAGCCUGCUGCGCGACAGACUGGUGCUGAUGCCAUGUGCCCUGUACGCUCUCCUCGCGCUAGCGCACAUCUGCAGCGGCGAGAUGUUGCCCCUCCUCCUGGUGUCUGACUCCCAGCAUGGUGGUUACAACUUUGAUGCUGCAGAGAUUGCUAUCGUCCUGAUUACUAUCAACAUUUACAGUGCCGUCACGCGGGCGACACUUGUCCCUUUCCUGGCGUCCAAGUUCACCUACAAGACGGUGUACAUUUCGGGAAUGGCGCUGUACGCAGUAGGGGUCGUCCUGCUUCCGUCCAUGGUCGACAUCACAGGGGCCAUAGCGAGUCAGCAACUUCAUAAAGUCUCAAACCAAACAGUGAACUUUAGCGAAUUCACUGAGCAUCUCUCGGCCUCACUACCAGUAACAGAAAGCGAUAUUCAAACAGCUUUAGAGCACAAUUCACCCUCUUCCCUGUACCUAACAGCGACGACAGAAAUGAACGCGACAGUCUCAAUGCCAACUGGCCAGUGUCGACUAGACGGGGACAGGAGGAAGACGUCCCAGCAAGCGGCCACGGGUGUGCCCGCCAGGGUCUGGGGCCUGCUGCUGUUUACCGUGGUGCUGAUGGAACAGGGAAGCAAUCAAGCGUACCUGGCCGGUGUCGUGAUGGUGGGAAACGCCGGUGUUCAAACCACCCGGGGGACAGUCAACGGCAUCGCGCAGACCCUGGCGUCGCUGGCCAUGCUAGUGGGCCCGGCCGUGAGCGCCAACCUGUUCGCUUGGACCACUGAUAACGGGAUGUCCUGGCCGCUGAACCACCAUCUGUCCUUCUAUCUGCUGACCGUCUUGUGUCUCCUCAUGGUGUUCCUCUGUACCAGACUACCGGCUUCCAGCAACCUGCCUAGGGUAGCUAUCGGAAAGGGUAGCCCCACGGUGUCCGAAGAAGAAGACAAGAGGGAGGAGGAACAGGAAGAAGAAAGAAAAGAUAAUCUAAAAUAUAGAAAAAGUGACAAGACGUGUAUUGGUGGCAUUGAUGACAAAGACGAUUUUGAGACAAAUCGUAUGCUUCCCUCACACCUUUCCGAGUCGUAAGAUCUCGAAAAUGAAUGAUUAUGAAAUACUUCACACCCACAAUCAAAACUUGGGCAGCUUUGGUGGCCAGCUGCUUCCUGGGGGCAUUGCCUUCGGUGGAUUUACGGGCGGUCUGCUUGGUACGUGCCAUGUCGGACGGAUGAACUUCGCGGUCUUCCCAGAUCUACCAUUCAUGCCAUUUUGUACAUGGUUUCGGCACAUUUACAGAAAUGUUUAUUUCUAUACUAGGAACAUCUAAUUGUGCCGUGCGAAUUUAUAGAAGUUGUCGGGAAAGCGGAGUUGGCUCGUUAGGUGUUAUUAUUAACUCAUUUAUAAACGGACAAAUCAUUGUUGUAUCAUUUUGUGUCCAGAUUAUAUUAGCAGAUGUAAACGGUUGAAGAAAAGAAGCAAGCUUACGAUUCUGAAGACAAAGCGAAUGUUGCGUCCAUCUGUACCCUUUAUACCCAUUACGACGUUAUAUGUAAAUAUAUUUUAGAGGCUAGGCGCUUCGACUGAUGUACAAAUAUCUGAUAGCGUUGCAUUUCAAGAAAUACAAAACAGACAAGGCUUGGUGAAUCUUCUUUGCAUCUUUAUUCAAUCAAGGUUCUCGAUAUUAUGUACAAAACAUAACAAAGUGCACUAUAUGCCACAAUAUCAGAACAUAACGGGUAACACAACAUUUAGUCUGACAAGACAAUCAACAAGGAAUGUAACAGAACGGUACCUGAAUCUACAAAUAACUAAAUGUCCCAACUGGAACAGCGUAACCCUAAUCGUAAGUAGGGACAGUGACAGUACUGCUGUUCCCAAGUUGGCCAGCACUGGGGAACAGCGACGCAUCUUCCCUACUUAAUCUACUUACAAAAAACGAGCUUUGCUCAACAAGUUUUACUUCACUAUUACCUAACUCAAGUGAAUGCACAUGAACAAUUAAUCUAGGAUAGUUUCUAGGCUUUUCUGUUCUGUAAUAUUGCACAUACAACAAGCCUGUUUUAAAGACAUCUCUCUAUUUACACAGAAAUACAUCUCUUUAUGAAAGCGGACAGUUUUUUUUCUUCAUAAAUGUAUCAAACGCUCCUUCCGUGUGAAAACGACUGUAGUGGGUCUCCUGUCCUUCUGGGUACAAAAAUAUAGGAGACUUUGUGGCACAAUAAAAAUAGAGUUCUUUCUUCCAAGUCUUCUACCUUCCUAGAUAAGUGAACUAUGAGUGACUAUUGCACUAAUGAGCCAAGAAUCUGAUUAGUCAAAAUGGCUCUUUACGUUUUAGAAUCCCUUACGUGUUCAUCAACAUUGGUGAACCAUCAGAAGCUAAGUGUGCUCUGAAGAACAUUAAUUCUAAUCCACACACCCCUAUCAUCAAUAAUAGAAUGGUCAAGAUGCUAGUAGUCAUACACUAUGUAGGUAUAACCCAUCUAAGAUUAUGGGGGCCUAAAGUACAUAACUGACGAGUCCUUGCAACAUCAAGGGAUAGGUUGCAACAUGGGAUGAGUAAAGCUGCAAAGUACAAACUUGCUUUGUUUAACCCCCUGUAGCUACCUUCUACUCUGACCAAAACAUUGGGAUAGGAAUGAACCCACAGCAGCAAGAUGGUCACUGUACGUGUAACGUUACAACGCAAAGAUGAGACGAGACUACCCCUUCACAUGUUGGAACCUAACAGCAAGUGUGCUUAAUAUAAGAUAUCUAGAUAAUCAAACAAACAUCAUCACAUCUUACAGUCUUGUCCAACAUGGUAACGAGACAGUGAUGACAUAUCUAUUCCUACAAGUGAUACACAAUUAAUCUUGUCAUCAGGAUAUGCUGCCCUAAUCUACAUUCUUGUCUGCCAGUCACAAAACUGUACACUAACUGGCAUUCCAGGCACUCCUUUAGUAGAUACUGCAGCAUGUCCCACUGCUGUACAAUAAUUGCCUUUUCAGUCAUGACCAUACCAUUGUCAAACAUGUACAAAAUAGCUAUAUUCCACUGUACAGACAAUACUACUGUCAUAGCUAUGUACUGACUUCUUAACAGCCACAAAUGUCUAAAAAUAUUGCAAAUUUCUUGUCAGCAUAACUACAUGUACUAACAUUGCAUUAUCAUUGUCCUUUAUGUCUCUUCAACAAAUUUUAAGAGAUCUUGAGCAACAAAUGUAGAAUUCAUGUCAACUAUGCCUUUGAAAUGACCUUUGAGAAAACAGGCACACAUUUUAUCGUGCACUACCAUUCUAGCCUUCCUGUACACAAAACUAAAUGCCAUAUCAUACACUGUUAUCUACAAACUUUGUGAACAAAAUCAUAGAAAAUUUACAACUUCUGGGCAUCGAUAGCUACCAACCUUGUGGAGAGAGCUACCAACAAAUCUCUGUAUGUACAUUUUUCUCUGAAGUGAUGCUUAUCUAAAUAUAAGACUCCAUAAAAGAGGUGCCCUCCCAAGACUAUGGAUAAGGGUGAUAUUGUUAUUGUCAGCAAGACAAAACAAGCUGGCAUGAUGGU